AUGCAUGCGCUGAAGCCGGGGUUGGCGGACUGCGCGCGGUGGCUGAGUAAUGCUGAGUCAGUUGCGGGGGGCGACGCGGAGGCGCUGUUUGCAGCUGCCGACACCAAUAAGGACGGAAGGGUGGACCUGCUGGAGCUGAUGCGCGCGGCAUACAAGUGGGCCCCGCUCGCCGAUGACUCACCGGCCGCCGCCGAUGACUCACUGGCCGCCGCGCGCGACUCAGCCCUCGACUUCUUCCUGCUCCUGGGUGCCGACCCAGUCAGGGGUCUCGACCGGGAGCAGUUUGCCAAGUUUCUGCAGGCGUGGUGCCUGCAGGGCGGCUGGGGGUUCAAGGCCAUCUCCCACGACCUGAUCAGGCUCCUGCAUGCAUCAGACUACCUGCGCCAGGCCCAGGACAAGGAGACGGCUGCGGAGAUCCAGGCAGCCACGGUAACACCGGCGACCGUGGCAGAGUGGAUGGAACGCCGUCGGCCUGAGCUGCUGUACAACCUGUGGGCAGGCUCCAAGCACGCGGGCCGCGCCAGCCGCGAGCAGCUGUGCAACGCGCUGUCGUGGUUCCUGGAGCAUGUGAGUGAUGACAGCGUGCGCGCGGCCGGCGGCAGCAAGGAAGCUGCGCGAAGGUUCCUGGAAGCCGAGCGGCGGCGGCCGCCGCCACAUUUGGCACAGGAGCACUUCCGCCACCUGGAGCGCCGCUUUACUGAGCUGGCGGGUCAGCCCACUCGCGGGGUGGAUGACUACUUGAUGACCCUGGCAGUGAAUGGUGUCAUGGGAGGGAACACGCAGACAGGCGCCGCUGAUGACAUGGUGUUCAGGAGGGAUCUCAAAGAGAAGGAUUCUUCGAUGAGAUGA